UCCUGCACUAAUCAAAGGCAGCUGCACCUGAUCUCAAAUCUGACCAUGACCAUCUCUUGCCCUGGCCUCUGACAGUCAGUUCAGUCCCCUUAAAAGUUUCUGUGCUCUGAAGUUUGAUUCUCAGACUUUGUCAAAAUGAGAAGGGCGUUGCUAAAACGGUCAGCUUUUAUUCUGAUAGGGAUUGGGCUUCUUUUCAACUUGAGUCUGUUUCUUAUACAAGAGACUGAACAAGGGCUGAGUACAAAGCCAAUGAUCAAGACGUUUUCUGAACUGGAGGAACGUAUCAGCCGUCUACUCAUGGUGUUGGAAGUUCUUGGGCAAAAACAGGAUCAAUUACAGAAAAUUCUUGAAGAUGAACGAGAAAAACGAGUAAAAGCUGCAGAAGUGGAACAGCGCACACCAGUCCAGCCUGACCAAAACGUACAACCUGACACCAAAAUCCACGAGAACCAAAAAGCAGCUGUGGCCAAAAAGUCAAAUAAACUGUACCCAGACUCUGCCUUGUUCAAGGAGUGGGGUGAGAAUUUGUCUGAAGACGACCAAAGAGAGGCAGAGUCUCUUUUCCAGAAGUAUGGCUACAAUGUUUUUCUUAGUGAUCAACUUCCUCUGGACAGAGUUCUUCCAGACACCAGGGAUCCAAGGUGUGUUGGAAAGAGUUAUCCCAAAGACCUGCCCAGUCUUGGAGUGGUGUUGAUCUACCUGGAUGAAGCCCUGUCUGUCAUAAAAAGAGCUCUUCGCAGCAUUAUUGACCGCACUCCUAAACGUCUCCUGAAGGAGAUCAUACUGGUGGAUGACAAUAGCUCUAAUGAAAACCUGAAAGGGGAUCUCGAUGUGUAUGUGAAGUCACUUGAGCAAGAAAAGCCAACUCUGAAAGUCGUCAGAGUGAAGCACAAGGAGCAGCUGGGCCUUGCUCAUGCCAGAGCCUCAGGAUGGAGAGCUGCCACUGCUGAGGUGGUUGCCAUCCUCGAUGCUCACAUUGAAGUUCAUGAGCUGUGGGCGGAGCCUUUGCUCACGCAAAUCAAAGCCGACCGAACCGUGGUGGUCUCCCCAGUGUUUGACAAAGUCAACUUUGAUGACCUCAAGGUUAUUCAGUAUCUUCCAGCUGCACAUGCCUUUGACUGGGCUUUGUGGUGCAUGUAUGAGAGUUUUACUCCUGAGUAUUACCAGCUCAAUGACAGCUCACUGCCGGGGAAGAGUCCAUCAGUGAUGGGAAUCUUUGUUGCUGACAGGAAAUUUUUAGGGGAAAUCGGUGUCCUUGAUGAAGGGAUGAAAGUGUAUGGUGGAGAAAAUGUGGAACUGGGAAUACGUGUGUGGACAUGUGGAGGCAGCGUUGAAGUGGUUCCAUGCUCUAAGAUCGCGCACAUAGAGAGGAACCACAAACCUUACAUGCCUGACCUUAGUCUUAUUAUGAAGAGAAAUGCCCUAAGAGUAGCAGAAAUAUGGAUGGAUGAUUACAAACACAACAUCAACCUGGCUUGGAACCUUCCAUUUGAGAAUCACGGGAUUGACAUUGGUGAUAUAUCUGAGAGGAAAAAGCUCAGAGAGAGGUUGAAGUGUAAACCCUUCAAGUGGUACCUUGAAAACGUGUACCCCAAGUUAGAUACCUGGGACAACAUAUUGGGCUAUGGAGGGAUGAAGAAUCUUGACACCAACAUGUGUUUGGACCAGGGACCAGUGCCAGGUCACACACCGAUCGCCUUCGGCUGCUACUACUAUGGACCUCAGUACACAUACUACCGUACGACUGGAGAGCUCUACAUCGGUGGCAUCAAGUCCCACAAGUACAACGACAACCGUUGUUUAACAGACUCUGGCAAUAAGGAGAAUGAGCCUGGUCUUCACAACUGCAAAGAGGCAACAGAGAAAGGCAUGGGAAUAUACUGGAGCUUCACUCAGGGCAAAGAACUGAAAAAUCGACAAACGAAGAGGUGUCUGGAGAUUAAAGACAGCAAACUCCUAAUACGAGAAUGUUCUGGCCAUAGAUGGGAAAUCCAAAACAUAAUUAAACCCUUUUAAAGUGUCUGUUUCGCUACAUAUGCAAUUCUCUGUUAGCGGAAAUAACUAAAUCUGCUAAUUAUAAAAAUUAAAAUAGUAAUUGGGAGAAGAAUGUUGAGAAGUUGUUUAAUGUCCUGUGUGGAUGUAAUUGCUGGGGCGUUUAUCAGCCCUGAAUUAUUAAGUGACUAUGAGGGAACAAAAUAAAUACUUU